AUGGACAGGACACGAGUGGCCAAGGUUGAGGAUGUCACCCUUUCACGAAGGGGUGAACAGGUUACAGGAACUCUACAUCUCACUCCCCAUCACCUCAUCUUCUCUCAUACCCCUCAUGUCUCCGAGGAAGCCCUGGCAUCAGGCACUCCCAUCCGUCCACGCGAGUUGUGGAUUACAUAUCCCAUAAUAGCAUUCUGCACUCUCCGUACAGCGCCGACCGUCUCCAGACAUCCCUCUUCGAUCCGCCUACGCUGCCGCGAUUUUACCUUUGUAUGCUUCUACUUUUCAAACGAGAACAAGGCGCGGGAUGUGUACGACACAUUGAAACAGUGGACAUGCAAGAUUGGGAGAGUUGAAAAAUUAUAUGCUUUUACAUAUCAGCCGCCGCCUCCCGAGCAAGGACUGGACGGAUGGCAGUUGUACGAUCCCCGCAAGGAAUGGUACCGGCAGGGUGUGGGAAGGGAAGGGAGUACUGCGAACUGGCGCAUCUCGGCUAUAAAUGCCGACUACUCUUUCUCUCCUACCUACCCCGAUACACUGGUUGUCCCAUGCAACAUAUCCGAUAAUACCCUCAACUAUGCGGGGAGAUACCGCUCAAGAGCGCGAAUACCGGUGCUUACAUAUUUCCAUCCUGUGAAUAAUUGUUCAAUUACCAGAAGCUCGCAGCCAUUAGUGGGAGUACGACAGAAGCGAAGUAUCCAGGACGAGAAGUUACUGGCUGCUAUUUUUUCUACUUCUCAGUCAGAUCGGCCACUGGCUGGUUUCACGCCUCCGUCUUUAGAGCAAGAGUCCACUAAUUCAAGCUGGGAAGAAGGUGCCUCUUUGCAAAGCCAGGAAUUUGAUUUGACGAAUGCUGAAGAGCUGGAGGAUGAAGUCGUCUCUGCCGCUCGCGGAGAUGGGCCGGAAAAACCAUCGGUGUAUGGUGCUCAGCAGCGCAAUCUCAUAGUCGAUGCUCGGCCGACUGUAAAUGCAUACGCAAUGCAGGCAGUAGGACUUGGAUCUGAGAAUAUGGACAACUACAAGUUCGCUACGAAAGCUUACCUGGGGAUUGACAAUAUUCAUGUGAUGAGAGAGUCGUUGAACAAAGUGGUCGAGGCAUUGAAAGAAUCUGAUGUGACGCCAUUAGGCCCGAAUAAGGAACUGCUUGCGAAAAGCAACUGGCUGAAAUAUAUCUCGGUGAUCCUCGAAGGGGCGAGUCUGAUUGCUCGCCAGGUCGGACUCCAGCAUUCCCACGUUCUUAUUCAUUGCUCAGACGGAUGGGAUCGCACAAGUCAGCUGAGUGCUCUCAGUCAGAUCUGCCUUGAUCCAUAUUACCGUACCUUGGAAGGGUUCAUUGUACUGGUUGAGAAAGAUUGGCUGUCAUUUGGCCACAUGUUCCGCCACCGUGCCGGUCUCCUCAACAGUGAAAAAUGGUUCCAGAUUGAGAAUGAGAGAAUAGGCGGCGACACGAAUCGAUCCUUUGGCGAAAGUAGUGAGCCACGAAAAGCUCUAGAGAACGCAUUCCUCAGCGCCAAGAACUUCUUCAACCAAAAGAACACCAGCCGAGGCUCUCUUGUUGACGACGAUGGGGAGGGAUCGAAUCUUGACAAUGACAGUCCGCUAAAACAGCCUAGCUCAACACCGCGAUCAACAACCAGCGAAAAGGAGACGACCAAAGUCAACGAGACUAGCCCUGUCUUCCAUCAAUUCCUUGAUGCGACAUACCAGCUUCUUUAUCAGCAUCCGAAUCGAUUUGAGUUUAAUGAACGCUUCCUUCGCAGACUGUUGUACCAUCUCUACUCGUGUCAAUAUGGAACCUUCCUUUACAACAGUGAGAAAGAACGUGUAGACUGCAACGCGAAGACCAAAACACGAAGCGUCUGGGACUACUUCCUAGCCCGCAAGGAGCAGUUCAUCAACCCAAAUUAUGAUCCUUUGAUUGAUGACAAACAACGUACCCAUGAACGGCUGAUCUUCCCUCGUAUCGAUGAGGUCCGCUGGUGGAGCGAAGCAUUUGGACGCACAGAUGUCGAAAUGAAUGGCACUCGAACGACUGCAAACACGGCCUUCCCUCACCGGUCCGGCCAGACUACGAGCAGAAAUAGUCCUGUGCUCGCUGGCGUUGAGACCACAGAUAGUACUAURGGUGAUGUCCCUAGMAAGCCACUACCAGCUGGGAUAACGAGUCUCACCGCGGAGCUGUCGAAUCUGAGCAUGCCGAAAUUCAGUCAUAAUGCUGACAAUAGCACCAAAAAGGAGGUGGAACUCGAGAUGCAGUAG